AGGGCGGUAAAUGCGCUGAGAUUGGCAGCUGUCCGCCUACCAAAUUAAAAGAAGAAGAAGAAGACUAGUCUACUCAUCAAGGGGUAAACUGCCCGAAAAAAAGAAGACUACACUAGCUUGUCAGAGAUCUCACUGCUGCGAACGUGCGAUGUGCCCAGUUGCACUCUCUUUCAGUCGGUGCGGAGUAACGGAGUUCGGCAGUCGUGACGUGAGCACACGCUUCGUUGCAAAGUUACUGGAAGGAUUUGCUGCCAUCGUCACACAUACACGGAUUCCCACCAGAUAUCCUGCAUGACCUUUUGGAAGAUGUGGUUCCUGUGGAGUUGGCACACUGCUUGAAAGUGUCUGAGUAGAGGAGCACCAUCACACCAAGCAUCCUCCCUGAGCCCUUUUCUGUCAGUGCUUUGAUGAGGGUAUAAGAUCACUUGGACGUUUUCCAGGAGCACAAGACAACAUAAGUAAAGGUGUCCCUAACAAUGUAAAUGGAAGCAACUGAUGUUCUGAAACUAAGAGUCAUCCUUGAUGAUUUCAAUGCUGAGAGACUUAUUUUACCCUCUCGUCCAGAGACCGUAAAUGCCCUAAUAUGUGAAGUCAGAACAAAGCUGAACCUGCACUAUGACUUUCGACUUCAAUUUCAAGACCCAGAGUUUGACAACGCCCUUUGCAAUUUAGUCAGCAUAGAAGACCUGCCAUCUAAGGCCACUAUUAAAGUAGUGAGAAUUGUUGAGUUAGAUCAGAGUUCCACCAGCACAGAUGACACUGUGUUACUGUCUGAUAACAGAUUUGCCAGAGCGACUUUGCCAAUGGCCAGCCAUCUUUGUUGUUCCAAGUUUCUCAUUUGAGGUGGAACAUAUUCUAAGUGAGGGCAACUCUGCAUUGAUGACAGAGGGGAAAACUACCAGGUUGACCAGAUAUCAAAAGCAUAACAUACUGGAUGUUAUGGCUGCUGAAAUAUACAAGUAUAAAGCAUAUCCAAGUACCAUUCAGAUUGCCUGGGCUGCAGAGGCUCUGGUGAUAAAACACCCCUGCCUGAAAGAAAAAGGUUCCAAAAAAGGCUAUGAUGGUUGGCUCAAUAGCCUGCGCUUCAAGAUGGGCAACUACAGAAACAAACUUAGCAGGGCUGGCAUAAAGGAUGUGGCAGUAAAUGCAGGGAAGCGCAGCAGGUUCAAUCCAGAGGGUGGAGCAUCCAGAGCCAGCAUCAAAAGACCCAGAAGAGGAGAAGUCAACUACCUGCCCAAUUACCCCAAGGAGAAAGUAAUCAGACUUUGGAAACCAAGAGGCUUGCGAUGGUUGAACAGUUCAAGAGGACCUCAGCAGAUAGACAUGAUUCUCAUCCAUCAGCAUAUGCAACGUACCUUUGCACUUCGCCGAGAAGAAAUUGUGCAUUCUGCUCCUCCCAUUGCUGAACUGCAAGAUAGAUGGCCUGCACUCUUAUGUGAAGCACAACUCUACAGUGAAUUCCAUAGGAUCACCAAUCAAAAUCUACCAUUCAACUUCUUUGCUGCACUGGACAAGUACACGCCCCAGCUACUAAAGCUCUACAAAAAGAGGAAGACCAGCAGUUUUGCUCAGAAGAUGGAAGCAGUUUUAGUGGCAUAUGAGGAACAGGACAAGAAUGACAUCGGUGCAGCUAGAACAGCGGCCCUGGCGGCUGGCCUACCGCUGUACCUAAAGGAGGACUCCUCAGAAGUGUUCAAAACUUGCAAGGAUGAUUUGGCAGCAGCCCAGGAGGGGGCAGUGGCUCUGGUGGCAGUGGUGAACGAUGAGAAGGUGCCUGCAGGAGUUCCCUUUGAAACUCAGCAUGUGAUGAUUGUUCUUGAGGAUCAAUUUGUAAUGUCUCACAGAUCUUGGGCUGAUUCAGUUGUAAUUUUGUUUGGACUAGUUUAUGCCCUCCAUUUGAGUUACCCUGAGAAGCUAAAUGGCUUCUUCGAAUUCAUCCAGGUUGUCCUCCUAGGUCUUGAUGAUGGGAGAAAGCAGCUCAAACCUAAGUUACAGGCGUUGAAAAAUGAGCUGGAGUAAAGAGGUUAGGAGUUUAUUGUUGAAGGUUACAUUUCUGAAAUAAUAAUUUGUGUUUGCAUUGGUAAUGUAAGAUUGUUACACGUUUUACGUUUGUAAUUUUGAGAAAAGUACCUUGUGUUCCAAUUUGAAUGUUGAGCUUUCAACUGAAUAAAGGGUUCAAGUUG